CUACGGACGUCGUCCAUUGGCGGGUUCUCGAUUCCUGGCGCGGCUGAACGUCUUGUCUCAGCGCUCUUUGCGGAUGAUACCACAGCGUUCUUGAAGGAAACGGACUCCUUUGAUGACCUGCUGGAGAUCCUUGGCAAAUGGUGCGCAGCGUCGCGCGCUAAGUUUAAUGACGAUAAAACCGAAGUAAUCCCCGUAGGCUCCCCGGCUUACCGAGACUCGGUGAUUACGACGAGGAAACUUGCGCACGGUAGCCAGCCACUCCCGCUCGGAGUCCGGAUCGUCCCUGACAGACAGCCCGUACGUGUCCUGGGAGCGUGGAUCGGAAAUGUGGUCGACCAAGCUGCAGUCUGGGGACCCAUGAUUGACACAGUGCGGCGGAACCUAGAACGGUGGGGGCUCCGCAACCCAACGAUGUAUGGCCGUAAGCUUAUCGUAGGCAUGGAAGUGGGAGGCCGCACUCAAUUUCUCGCUAAGGCCCAGGGGAUGCCGACAUCGGUCGAACAGGUCCUGGAGCGCACAAUAUCGAGCUUUGUCUGGAAAUGUGGGAAACCGAUGGUAAGCAUGUCAGUGCUACAAGACCCUAUCUCGCAGGGC